CCUCCUCCUCAUCCUCUUCUCAUCCUUCUCUCAUCUGUCCUGCCAGCCAAAUCCUAGCAGCUGUAGUCAUCAUUGCCCGGCUGGAUGGUCUUAUGAGGCUAUCUGCUGAGAUCCAAGGGAGAGAGCCGCGCAGCUGGCGGGGCCCAGGUCUUGGCUCAAUCAAGGUGAAUCCUGUGGUCGGCUUGGCUUAGGCGCUGUCCGCCGGCCCAUGGUGCUGAAGCCAGCAGCGUCCAUUCCGGUUGUGCGAGUGUUGCUGGAGUAGGCGUGUAGAGGAGAACAAGGGAAUCGCAGCAGCAGCAGCGCACUGGCAGCAUUCAUACAUUCCUCCUGCCGUUGCCAUUACUAACUCUCCGCCUUCUAUGUCAUCCCUUUAUUGCUUUAUUCCAUGACAUUAAUAUUUGUAUUAUUUCCGUGUCACCGCACAACUAAUUGAUGAUUGUUUCCUACCAUCUGCGGGAUUUAUCACUGGAUGUUGCAACGUUACAGGAGCUGCUCAUGCUUCGUUCCCCUCCCCAGCUGGCGGACGUUGCGUUGCACUGACCACAUAUUUUCUCUUUUUCCAUUUAUAAAUAAGUGAUAUUUGUUACCAGCGAUUUCCUCUGCUUCUGAUCCCCUUUGGUCUUCUCUGUAUCGUCUUAUGACACAUCAGUGUUGGUGAGAGAGAAAACAAUUACACCAGCGCAAUGGAGGAAGAGCUCAAGUGCCCUGUGUGUGGCUCCUUUUUCCGGGAGCCUCUGAUCCUGCCCUGCUCACACAACGUCUGCCUGCCCUGUGCCCGCACCAUUGUAGUGCAGACCCCUGAGAGCGAGCACCUACCUCACGCCGCACGCCCUAUGCUGCUUAUGGGUGCUGACUAUGAUUACCCAGACCACCUGGAUAAGAUGAGCCUCUACAGCGAGACAGAUAGCGGCUAUGGUUCCUACACCCCCAGCCUCAAGUCCCCCAAUGGCGUAAGGGUAUUACCCCCAGCUCCAGCCCCAUCCUUAGCUGCUUCAUCCGGAGCAACCUCCCGGGGUAUGCAUGGCAGUCUAUGCAGCUCUUCCUCCAUCACCUGCCCACAAUGCCAUCGCAGCGCAUCCUUGGACGAAAGAGGGCUGAGGGGCUUCCAGCGCAACCGGCUUCUGGAGACUAUAGUGCAGAGGUACCAGCAGGAGCGCAGCGCAACACCCGACGCAGAAGGCAGCGCUGCGCCAGAGACACUCAGGGGAUCGGUGACCAAUGCCAGGUGCCAGCUCUGUGAUACAAACCCAGCAGAGGCCGCAGUAAUGUGCGAGCAGUGUGAUGUUCUUUACUGCUCUUCCUGCCAGAGGAAAUGCCACCCUACCAGGGGACCUUUUGCCAAGCACCGGCUAGUGCCACCCUCCCAGCUGGCAUCUUCCACUACUGGCAGUCAGAAAGCAGCCGGUGCAGCGUUAGGACCACCUAAUACAGCACGCAAGUUCCCCACCUGUGCUGAUCAUGAGCUGGAGAACUAUAGCAUGUACUGCUUAAGCUGCAGGACUCCUGUGUGCUACCAGUGUCUGCAGGAGGGAAAGCAUGCCAAGCAUGAGAUGAAAGCUCUUGGGAUCAUGUGGAAGCAACACAAGGCACAGCUUUCGCAGGCAUUGAGUGGAGUGUCUGAUAAAGCAAAGGAAGCCAAAGAAUUCUUGGUACAGCUAAAGAACAUACUUCAGCAAAUCCAGGAAAAUGGACUGGAGUACGAAGCCUGCCUGGUUGCGCAAUGUGAUGCUCUGGUGGAUGCAUUAAAUCGUCAGAAAGCGAAGUUACUCACCAAAGUCACUAAAGAACGAGAACAUAAAUUCAAGGUUGUUUGGGACCAGAUAAAUCAUUGUACAUUAAAACUACGCCAGUCGACAGGGCUGAUGGAGUAUUGCCUUGAAGUAAUCAAAGAAAAUGAUCCAUCUGGCUUCUUACAGAUUUCAGAUGCUUUGAUAAAGCGAGUUCAAUGCUCCCAGGAACAGUGGGUUAAAGGUGCACUGGAACCAAAAGUGUCUCCUGAAUUUGACCUCACAUUGGACAAUGAUCCUUUACUUCAGGCCAUUCACCAGCUGGAUUUUAUUCAGAUGAAAUUUCCCGUUACAGUGCCCCCAGUACCAUUACUGCAGCUGGAGAAAUGCUGCACUAGAAAUAAUAGUGUUACUCUGGCUUGGAGAAUGCCACCCUUUGCCCACAAUCCUGUGGAAGGAUAUAUUCUGGAACUAGAUGAUGGCGAUGGUGGUCCAUUUAGGGAAGUUUAUGUCGGAAAAGAGACUUUAUGCACAAUCGAUGGUCUUCACUUCAACAGCACUUACAAUGCAAGAGUCAAAGCAUUUAAUUCAACUGGCCUUGGGCCUUACAGCAAAACAGUCGUUCUGCAGACAUCUGAUGUGGCUUUUUUCACAUUCGACUCAAACUCUGCACAUCGGGAUAUUGUUUUGUCUAAUGAAAAUAUGACGGCUUCUUGUAGCAGUUAUGAUGACAGAGUGGUUUUGGGCACUGCCGCAUUCUCCAAAGGAGUCCACUAUUGGGAGGUACAGGUCGACAGAUAUGAUAACCAUCCUGAUCCAGCUUUUGGUGUUGCCAGAAUUAAUGUGGUGAAAGAUAUGAUGCUUGGGAAGGAUGAUAAGGCCUGGGCAAUGUAUGUGGACAAUAACCGUAGUUGGUUCAUGCAUUGCAACUCUCAUACUAACCGAACAGAAGGAGGUGUGAGCAAGGGAACCACAGUAGGCAUACUCCUGGAUCUUAACAAACGCAUACUAAUUUUUCAUAUCAAUGGGAAGCAGCAGGGACCUGUAGCCUUUGAGAACAUUGAUGGUGUGUUUAUGCCAGCAAUAAGUCUCAAUCGAAAUGUACAAGUUACUCUACAUACGGGACUAGAGGUGCCAACAAUCCUCAGGCACAACAAGCCACCAAACUGAACCUGAUCCAUUUCAACUGGUGUAGACUUUCACAGGCUUCCCUUUUAUAAGUGUAUGAUAUCCUUGUCAGUGACCCCAUGUGCACACAAUGUUUAUAUACUGUAUUCGCCUUAGAAUGCUACUAUUUAAAAAAACAACACACACACAAAACAAACAAAAAAAAAAACAUUUUGUUUUGUUUGGGAGCACAGAAAAAGGUAUGAGAUAAGAUCAACACAAUAGCAAAAAAUAGGGACUGUACUUUUUACCUUAUUCCCUUUACUUAUUAUUUAUUUAUUCCUGUACUUAUUCCCUUUCUCUGAAAAUAAGACUUGAGCACAUGUAAAUUAAGUGCUGUUUUUACAUUUGAAAUCUUAAAAAUAACAGAUGUAUGUAUCUAAAGACCAAGUUCAGAGUUCAAAAUAAGCUUUUCUUGGCCAUUGGUGGUCUGCAGAAAGGGGCAAGGUGCAAGUUAAGGGGCACUUAUUCCUGCCUCUGGAUCACACUCUGUAUUUUUUCUCUGUCAUUAGCUUUUUCUUUAUUUAUUGCUUUUCUAUGUUUUUACCACUGAAAUAUUGUAACAUACAGUGCUAUUAUUCUGUUUUUUUUUUUUUUUUACAACCAUUUUUGUAUAGUAAUAUAAUGUUUGAUCCAGUCAUGGCAAUAAUGGCAAAGAAUAAAGGGGCAGAUGUAUU